AUGCCCUCUCCUCAAUAUGACUGGAACCCGCAAGCUGAAAAUGGGCUUAUUGCAGAGCAGUUGAACUAUGACCGGAAUCAAGAACAGCAACAUGCCAUGGAAAGGUUCUCACAACUCAACAUGGAGCAAGCUGCUGCUUGCAAUUGCAUUCUCGAAUCAGUUGAACAGAACCUUGGAAAGGAUGUAGAAACCAUUGUAUUUCUUGGAAAUUCGCUGAUAGCCCCGCGAACUGCAUCUCGCACACCUGCCAAGGACUGCUCCACAACAAAAAAGUGGAAAUAUACCUUUGACAAUACAGACAAGGAGAACAACAACACUUCAAUGCCACUCAAGAGAAAAUUGUUGGUUGCAUCUGAUGUGUCACUGACGCCAAUAACUUCUGUGGGCUGA